CCACUAUAUAUAAGUAGCAAGAUAUUGGAGAGUAGGCAUGCAAUAAAUUUGGAGAAGUAGAGGAAAUUAAUGGAAAGCCAGAACCAUCUUCCACAACAAUCACAGGAAGCCAGAGGCACCACCUUUCUUAGAACUUGUUUUAAUGGAGUUAAUGUCUUAUCUGGAGUUGGAAUCUUGUCAAUCCCAUUUGCACUUUCUCAAGGAGGGUGGCUUAGUUUAAUUCUUCUAUUUAUCGUAGCAAUUUUGUGUUGGUACACAGGGUUACUACUAAAAAGAUGUAUGGAUGCAGAUGAUGCAAUCAAAAGCUAUCCGGACAUAGGACAACGAGCUUUCGGAUACAAAGGAAGAGCUUUAGUAUCCAUUUUUAUGUAUGCCGAGCUAUAUUUAGUAGCAGUCGAGUUCUUGAUUUUAGAAGGUGACAAUCUAAACAAGUUGUUUCCGGAUAUGAGUUUCCGAGUCGGUGGAGUUAAACUUGGAGGCAAACAAGGAUUUAUUCUGCUAACUGCUCUUGUCAUAUUGCCAACAACAUGGCUGAAGAGUCUAGGCAUGUUGGCUUAUGUCUCUGCGGGUGGUGUUUUGGCUUCUGUUAUUUUGGUUGGUUGUGUUUUGUGGGCUGGUGCUAUUGAUGGUGUUGGGUUUCAUCAAGGAGAUGUGCUCAUGAACUGGAGCGGCUUGCCUACUGCUACUAGUUUGUUUACCUUCUGUUAUUGUGGUCAUGCUGUUUUUCCAACUCUCUGCAAUUCUAUGAAAGAUAAAACCCGGUUUUCUAAGGUCUUACUAGUUUGCUUUGUCACAAGCACCAUCACCUAUGGAUCAAUGGCAGUUCUAGGUUACCUAAUGUAUGGAGAAUACUUGAAGUCUCAAGUGACAUUGAACCUUCCUAUAAGAAAAAUUAGUGCAAAAAUAGCAAUAUAUACUACUCUAAUUAAUCCCUUGACCAAGUAUGCAGUUGUCACUGCCCCAAUUGCUAAAGCUAUUGAGGACACAUUUCAUCUCGACAAUAGCCGAUCUCUUAGCGUUCUCAUAAGAACUUCGAUAAUGAUAAGUACAUUAGUUGUCGCGUUGACCAUUCCGUUCUUUGGCUAUAUAAUGGCUUUUAUAGGUGCUUGCUUGAGUGUUACGGUUUCUCUGUUGUUACCGUGUCUUUGCUACCUGAGGAUUAACAAAUCUGCUCGGAGUUUAGGGUUCGAGCUUGUGGUGAUUGUCGGGAUUUUGAUUUCUGGCUUUUUUGUUGCUGUUGUAGGUACAUACACUUCUCUCAAACAAAUAAUAACUCACAUCUAGAUCUAGAAAGCCAUUAUAAUUGUUUUGCAUAAACAGAUAAAAUGUAAAAAGUUUGUUUUGCAAUAAUAUAGAAGAGCAUUUGCAGCAA